CAGCAGGACAGCCGUACAGCAAAUAUCAGAGUCAGUGUUUGUGGGACUGUGUCAUAAAGUGGGUACCUCACAAAUGCUGGCCAUGAGGAGAGAUGUGAUGGACAUCAGGGAUAAGGUGGAAAAUCAAAUGACAACAAAUUAUGGGUACAGUGAGAUGGUGAGUGGAAGCCGCAGAGAAGGAUUCAGACUGAAAGAAUCAGAUAUAGAUUUUAUGUACUGGCCAAAUAAUUACAGUGUGAUCUGGGAAUUAUCUCAGUCUCAGUAUUACAACACACACAGACAAACACUGAUCCUCUGUGACUGUUCUAAUAGUCCACCAGGAUUCACUUUGUUAUAUUUACUCUCACCAAGAAUGAAUAGAGAAAUUCAGAGAGCUUGUGUUAGAAUGUAUAACAGACAUUAUAUAUCUAGUUCUAUACACAGACAGAUCAUGUGUCUUCUAUCAUCAAUUUAUUCCACUCAACAUGGACCCUGUGCCAGUGGAACGGUUGGAUCAAUAGAAUAUGAUUAUACGUGCUGUUUUGCUUGUGACUUUUGGCCUCCAUCUGCCUCCUCAUGGAUAGACAGAUGUCACUCAUGGCCCCAGCCUCAUGUUGUUGAUGAUAUAGUGAAAAAUGGAUGUCACUUUGUAGCAAUUGGAAAUAAGUUAGGAAGUCAUGAAGACCAUGAAUGGAGAAUUUCUUUCUCUCUGGCAGAACACAAACUUGUGUAUGCAAUGAACCACUGUCAAUUCUUAACUUAUGGCUUGCUUAAAUUGUUCUUAACAGAAAUAAUAAACAAUGGAGUAGGUGAUGAUGAUAAAUUACUGUGUUCCUAUCACAUGAAGACAGCAGUUUUCUGUGUGAUUCAACAAAAUACAUUACCUCAUUGGUGUCCACAAAAUCUCCUGGGUGGUUUCUGGGUCUGUUUUAAACUCAUACUCAAAUGGGCGUAUGAGGGGGUCUGUCCUAACUUUUUCAUUCCAGAAAAUAACAUGUUUCUGAGUAAAAUUCAUGGCAAAAAUCAACAUCAAUUAUUUGUGAGAUUGUAUAGGUUGUAUGAGAAGGGUUUAGCAUUCCUGCUACACAGUCCCUCCAUAAGGUCUUAUAUUAUAAAUGUCCUUUUUAAUCCCAGACUCUCCAUCUGUACAGAUGAACAUACUCUGAUUUCUGAGACUGAGUUUGAUGUAAAUCUAUAUGAGGAAAUACAAAAACAUGACACAUAUUCAAAAUUCAACAUACAAAGUUGUACGAGAUAUCUACAUGCAGUAGAACAGAUGAUGGGUUCACCCCUCCUGACACAGUAUCAAGUCCUUGUGCUACAGAAACUUACAGCUGGUGUCCUUCAGAAAACAGCUUUUAUAUUAUACAUGGAAACUUGCACACAGGAAAACAAACUGAGGUAUAGAGCUGACAAAAUCUCCUGUCACAUGCUGAAAUUAGCAGCCAAAUUUGGUUGUAUUACUGACAUGAUGUAUAUAGCCAAGUAUUAUUACAAGACACUUAGAUACAUGGAAGCUUUAUCUAUUAUAGAGAUGAUCAAGGUCAAGUUAGCACAGCCGUAUGUGAUGUAUAGGUUUAAUGUAGAUACAGAGAUGUAUACUGAAGCUGUAGAGGAGCGGUCCUGGUCUACAAAGAUGAGACAGGCUGUAGCAUGGUAUAUCAAACUUGACAAUAGAAUCCAUUACAUCAGUGAAUUGAUACCGGAACAACAGUCCGCUCUACAGAACAGAUCCCUUGUAUUAUUUAUCCCACGCUUGAUACUGUUUUACAUGCUAGAGAUCUUGUGCUACAGACAUUUAGACAGAAUGAUAGCACAAACAGCUCUAGAUGAUCUACAAACCCUAGUUCACUACGAACAGGGACAGCUUAUAUCUAUACAUCUCAGAGACGUAUCGUGGCAGAUUCUGGGGAUCUGUCAACAGGUGACAGGGAACCUCCAGGCUGCUCUAUACUCAUACCAACAAUCUCUCAGACAAAUACCAUUCAGCAAAAUACGCACAUCUACAGAAAUGAGAAUACACGAAGUCUGUCUACAAAAUCAAUAA